AAUACGGGCCAAAUUGGUCGGGCCCAAUGGUAGAAUCCAAUUGAAGAGGCGUGACGUGACUCGGGACCACACGUGUGUCUGAGAAGAAGAUCGAAAAGCAGACGGUGUCCCUAAUGGCAACGUCCUUCAGGUGGAUAUUACAACUACACAAGGAUGUUCCAAAAGCCGCACGCUUCUACUCCCAAGGCUUGGACUUCAGCAUCAAUGUCUGCAGCCUUCGUUGGGCCGAACUCCAAUCCGGUUCUCUCAAGCUUGCCCUCAUGCAUUCUCCCAAUGAGCAGCAAGCCACACAGAAAGGGUACUCAUCGCUUCUGUCAUUUACUGUGACUGAUAUGAACAGUACAUUAACUAAAUUAAUGGCGUUAGGAGCUGAACUAGAUGGACCCAUCAAAUAUGAGGUCCAUGGAAAGGUUGCAGCUAUGCGGUGUAUUGAUGGACAUGUCUUAGGCCUCUAUGAACCCGUGUAAAGAUACAUGACAUAGGAGAUUCAGUAUCAACAAAACCCUCUUUAGUCAUGGUGGAUUCCCUGCAAUAAUUGAUCAUGUUCUCGUCAAGACCUGAGAAUAAGGCAAAAUGAUUAGAAGAUUGAAAAAAGCUAUUCAAUUUCAGAUAUCUCCAAAUUAUCUGUCUUGUAGAUGGGGGUUUUUGGUGCCAUCCAUAUCUGCUAGAAGUGACAGGAAUUCACCUUUUGGUUUUAUUUUAUUUUUCUCUUUAAGGAUGACAGCUUCUCCUUCCUCCAUGUUGAUAUUUUUUUAUUGAAUUUUCGUCUCCCUGUUGAAACAUUGUAACUUGACGCUUUUAAUUGUAGACUUUGCCCAUGCAAUUACUCAACGAUUGAAAUAUUUAAGGAUUAAUGUAUUUCUCAUGUGCUAAUACU